GCUUCCCAGCCCCCGCAGCCGGAACGCCUGAGCGCUGGGCGGCCGGUCGGCCGGACCUCAGCAGGGGGCACCGCGGGCCGGACUGCGGAGGGGCGCACGCCCGGAAGCGGCGAGGGUAGCCAUGACGGCCUCCGUGCUGCGAGGUAUCUCGCUAUCCCUGCGCUCGACUAGCGGGCUUCUGGGAACUUGGCAGACGCAGAUUAGAGAGACUCACCAGCGAGCGUCAUUGUUGUCUUUCUGGGAACUCAUUCCCAUGAGAUCAGAACCUCUUCGAAAGAAGAAGAAGGUAGAUCCUAAAAAAGACCAAGAAGCAAAGGAGCGCUUGAAAAGGAAGAUCCGAAAACUGGAAAAGGCUGCUCAAGAGCUAAUUCCUAUUGAAGAUUUUAUUACCCCUCUAAAGUUCUUGGAUAAAGCAAGAGAGCGGCCUCAGGUGGAGCUCACCUUUGAGGAGACUGAGAGGAGAGCUCUGCUUCUGAAGAAGUGGUCUUUGUACAAGCAGCAAGAGCAUAAGAUGGAGAGGGACACCAUCAGGGCUAUGCUAGAAGCCCAGCAGGAAGCUCUGGAGGAACUGCGACUGGAGUCCCCGAAACUCCAUGCUGAGGCCAUCAAGCGGGAUCCUAACCUGUUCCCCUUUGAGAAGGAAGGGCCACAUUACACACCACCGAUUCCUAACUACCAGCCCCCUGAAGGCAGGUACAAUGACAUCACCAAGGUGUACACACAAAUGGAGUUUAAGAGAUAGACUUGCAGGCUGCUAUCCUUAACAUGCUGCCCCUGAGAGUAGGAAUGACCAAGGUUCAAGUCUGCUUUCCACAGAAGCAGGCAUACUGUUAAUAAAUACUGGUUUAAUCAAAA